GAUUCAAAUAGACAAAUAGUGUCAGUAUGCAAAACGUUGGCGUAUCAGGUAGGGUUACAAAAUUUGCAAGAGCCAGAGUCGCAAUACAGACACAGAGUGACUGAUAGCUGCCGACUACCUCCGCCCGUCUCGGCCAGCCUCCGCCAAAUCAGCAGCCAUGCUGGCCUUAUCGAGAGGCCUCAUUUCUCGUCUGGCGCCGUAUCAGUACCUCAGGAGAUUCAGCACUGAAGGCUCCAUCAUUGAUGAAGUACCUUCUCGGAUUAUCAAGCCGAAGCCUGGGGUCAUGUCUCCUAACUCCAAGCGUACUGGGCUUAUUGCUGUCAAGUGUGGGAUGUCUGCUCUUUGGGAUAAAUGGGGAGCCAGGGUUCCGAUCACCAUGCUAUGGGUUGAUGAUAAUAUAGUGUCUCAAGUCAAGACAGUGGAGAAAGAGGGCUUUUUUGCAUUGCAGAUUGGUUGCGGGCAGAAGAAGGAAAAACAUUUGAGGAAGCCUGAAGUGGGUCAUUUCAGAGCGCAAGGAGUUACUCUCAAGAGGAAGUUGAAAGAAUUUCCUGUUACAGAAGAUGCGCUUCUCCCUGUUGGCACCUCCCUCAGUGUUCGCCAUUUUGUCCCGGGUCAGUUUGUUGACGUCAUAGGAAUUACUAAAGGAAAAGGUUUUCAGGGAGUUAUGAAAAAAUAUGGAUUUAGUGGAAUGCCUGCAAGUCAUGGUGCAUCGAAAUCGCAUCGAAGUCUUGGCUCCACUGGUCAGAGGGAUACUCCUGGCAGGGUGUUUAAAGGAAAAAAGAUGCCUGGGCGCAUGGGUGGGCAGCAGAGAACGGUUAAAAAUGUAUGGGUUUACAAAAUAGAUCCAGCGAGGAAUUUAAUGUGGGUGAAAGGCCAAGUACCAGGUGCAGAGGGGAACUUUGUUUUUAUAAAAGAUUCGGUUUACAAAAAGCCUGAUAAUUCAAUACUUCCAUUCCCAACCUACUUUUUGCCGGAAGAUGAUGAGCUAGCAGAGUUGGAACCUCUAGUUGCUGAUCUUGGAGAAAUUGAUCCCUUCAUGGUGGCAGAUUAAGCAGGGUUUUAUUUAUUGAAGCUGUUUGCUGGUUGUCUCGAUAAUGCCUCGUGUGAUUUAAAUUUGGUGGAUACAAAGAUCUUGGAGGAUUUUCAUUCUAAGAAUCAGAUAAAGCUGCUACUUCAGCCUUUUAUGCUUGCAGGAUUGCUCAAACUUGUAGAAGGUUUCGUUUCAAAGUAGCUUGACCAUUAUUUUUCUUAAAUUUUGGAACCAUGUUUCUAAGUAUAGAAACGCGAAGCUUUGGCAAGAAAUUGAUGCCGUCUGUAGCUCAGUGCAUGUAACUUUAUGAAUAUUUUGGAUUCAAAUCAUUUGAGAAUUGGCAAGUCGAAUAUAUGCUUCAGUCCAGCUAUUUCAUA